CGGCCCCGCCUGCCCGCCGGCCGCAGGUUUCCCACGGAUUCUGCACCCGGAAACUCAGGUGUGCGCGGAGGCCCCGAAGUCCUCCGCAGGUUGGUGAGCGUGCGCUGUCGUGCGCUGGCCCCGGGCGAGUAGAACUGCCAGGAAGCCUCUGUUCCUCCCGUGUGGACCUCUCCAUUGAGCUGCAUGAGUGUCCUCACUACAUGACAGCUGACGUCCUUCAGAAUACUUCUGUUAUAUGAAGUUGAACAUGGAGGAAGAAGAGGACUAUAUGUCUGAUUCCUUCAUUAAUGUCCAAGAAGAUAUCAGACCAGGAUUGCCAAUGCUGAGGCAAGUUCGAGAAGCCCGUCGAAAAGAAGAAAAGCAACAUGAAACUAAUUUGAAAAAUAGGCAGAAGAGUUUAAAAGAAGAAGAACAAGAAAGACGUGACAUUGGGUUGAAGAAUGCACUAGGCUGUGAAAACAAAGGGUUUGCUUUGCUCCAGAAGAUGGGAUAUAAAAGUGGUCAGGCCCUUGGCAAGAGUGGAGAUGGUAUUGUUGAACCAAUUCCUCUCAAUGUCAAAACAGGAAAAAGUGGCAUUGGUCAUGAGACUUUAUUAAAACGGAAGGCAGAGGAAAAAUUAGAAAGCUACAGAAGAAAGAUUCACAUGAAAAACAAAGCUGAAGAAAACGCUGCAGAGCAGUUCCGAAUGCGACUUAAAAGUAAGCAAGAUGAAAUGAAGCUGGAAGGAGAUCUUAGAAGAAGCCAGCGAGCCUGUCAACAAUUGGAUACUCAGAAGAAUAUACAGGUUCCCAGGGAGGCCUGGUACUGGCUGAGGCUUGAAGAGGAGACUGAAGAAGAGGAGACUGAAGAAGAGGAAGAGGAAGAAAACGAAGAAGAUGAAGAUGAAUGUGAGAGUGACGAUUUAAGUGUACUGGACAAAUUACAGAUAUUGACAAGUUAUUUAAGAGAAGAACAUCUGUAUUGUAUUUGGUGUGGAACAGCCUAUGAAGAUAAAGAAGACCUGUCUUCAAAUUGCCCAGGACCAACUUCUGCAGAUCAUGACUAAGAUUCUCAAUAAAGUAGAAACUUGGAAAAUGCUGUUGUUUCCUAGACAGUUAAGCAGUUAGAAUUCCCAAAAAUUUUUAUGCUUUUUUAUGUUUUUUUUCUACUUUAGAAGUACUUUGUACUUUAAAAUAAAAAAGUUCAUGGACUCCAAAAAUAAAAUAAUGGAAUGCUUUUUAGAACACCAGAUGGGCCAUUACAAGUUAUGGCUCUAUUGUGAUGCUUAUGGAAUUUAAGGACACCAACAGGUAACUCUCUUAUUCCCCUCUUCACUUCGGAACAAGUU